CCUUUCCCGUAGCGGUAUAUAACUUUAAAAAAAAAAAAGGUGACAGGCUUCCCAAGAUUGACUAUUUACUCUUGUAUAGACAUGGAGUCUGAACCAGCAUCUCCAGGAUUUGGAGUGUCACUGCAACUGAAGGACUGCAUACAAUACCUGCUGAGAUUCACACUUGUUUCCUUCAUUGAUGGCACUCUUGAAAUUGACUUGGGUCUCUCCAAAGACUACUGUUCCACCCUCUUACAAGAAGAUCCCUCAGAUCCCUUUUUCAAUCCUGCUGGUCUUUCUGAAGGAGUUCCGUUAUAUCCUUUGUACAAGCACCUUGCAACAUCCUUAUAUGAGGCUAUUUCUUCUGAAGCCUUGCCAAGGACAGAAAACAAACUAGCAGUAAUGCAAGAAACUAGUUCUUUGAAGCAAAAGGAAGAAGAGUGGGCUAGUCUGAUUAAGGAAAAAGGUUCUCAUUUGCUCAAUGUGCUAAAAUCUGUGGACUUUGAACUCCAUGUUCAGGAGCCUUACUUCUCCCUGCUUAGAAAUGGACAGAAAACAGUUGAAGGAAGGUGUGCUGUUGGACACUAUAAUAAAAUUGAACCAGGUGCUUUCAUACUCAUCAACCAAUGUUUAGUUCUUCAAGUUCAGGACAUCCGUCAUUAUCAUUCAUUUCAUGAGAUGUUAGAAGCAGAGUGUCUUAAAGAGGUUCUUCCUGGAGUGGAUACCGUUGAAGAAGGUGUCCAAGUCUACCGGAAAUUUUACUCAGAAGAGAAAGAAAGGUCAAAUGGUGUUCUUUCUAUCAGUAUUAAGAAGCUGGCUUCUCAGCCUUCUAUCGAUCUGGCCACCAUGCUCUCUGAACUAAGCUAUGCUGGUGUUCAGAGGCUUUUAGGAUUCGUUUGUACAGUUGGAACAGUUUCUGAGGCACUUCCACCACUAACGUCUUCUCUAAUCUCAUCAUUUCUGUUGCCACAUAAUCCAAACGCUAAAGGUUGUUCGUUGACUGAUGGAGCAAGGGCAUUGUCAAAGCACGUUAACAGGAGCAGUGACAAAUACUGGGGUAGUUUUUCUGGAAGUGAUUCUGAUAAAAAUAAGGCUGCCCUGGAUGUCAUCAGCGACUUAAUAACUCGUUGCUGCUGGAUGAAUGUGCAUAUUGUUCCACCACAUGGGGUUGUUUUCGAGAUAAGAGUUGCUAAUGGUUACGGUGCACGGUGGUCCAAAGAUGGAAGUAAGUUUAUUGGUUUUCUUGAGCCUUAUAUGGAGGAUGGUCAUUCAAAGGGAUGGAGGCACUGAAUAGCAGAAGAUACAUUUUAAUAUUAGUAUUACGUUGUAAUUAUAUUUCACCAAUGUAGUUAUGAUUUCCUUGACAACAACAUACCCAGUGAAAUCCCACAAGUGGACUCUCGGGAUGAAAUAGUGGACAUAGACCAUACCCACUACCUAGUAGAGGUAGAGAGGUUGUUUCUGAAAGUCAUUCAGCUCAAGUGCAGCAAAUUCGAGUAUGCAUUUCACUAAUACUUAAUAUGUAUGCUAAAGUAUAUUCUUAUUC